CGGGCAACUCUCUCUUCCCAACGUUCUCGACUGGCACGAGUAUCGAGCCUAAUCUCGCCAGGAUGCCGGUCUCCAAAUCCACGAAGAAGUUCGAGAAGAACAAGCUCAAGGACGUGCUCAAGCGCCGGAAAGACCAUGCCAAAAUCAAGCAAAAGGUGCAGAUGAGCGCGAAGCGGAAGGAGAGGAGAGCGAGAGAUAAUGCGCCUGCCGAUGCCUUGGAUGGAGAGGGGAGUACAAAGCCUAAGAGCAAGGAUGUCGGGGAGAAUCCUAUCGGCGAGAUGUCCAUGGACCAGUUCUUCCAGGGCGGUUUCCAGCUCCCCGAACUGAACAAGAGCACGAAGACCAAGACCGGGAAGAGAAAGCGAACACCAGUGGAGGAGAAACGCGAUGAAUCUUCUGGCGAGGAUGGAUCCGCAGCAGAAAGCGAGUCCGGCGACGACAUGGAGGCGCACAAGGAACAACUGGCGGCGCUGGCCGAGAAGGAUCCGGAAUUCUACAAGUACCUCAAGGACAAUGAUGCGGAGCUCCUGGAUUUCGCCGAGGACGCAGACCUUGCCGAGAUAGAUGCGCUCAGUGCCAGUGAGGAUGAGGCAACACCGAGAAAGAAGCAGAAGUCGGCAAAGGAUGCGAAAAUCGAGAGUGAGGAAGGAACAGAUAACGAGGUCACGAAGAAACUCGUGGAGAAGUGGAAAACUUCAAUGGAGAAGACAUCUUCCUUGCGGGCCAUGAAGGAGGUUGUGCUUGCUUUCCGGUCAGCGGCGCACAUCAACGAGGACACCGGGAAAAAGUACAAGUACACAAUAUCAAACCCAGAUGUGUACCAUCAACUCCUUGUGACGGCUCUCGAUCUUGUACCCAAGGUCCUUCAACACCACUUGCCAGUCAGGGAGAGCGCUGGAGGCAAAAUCCGGAUACCCACAGACUCCAAGAAGUUCCGCACCCUCACCCCUCUUCUAAAAUCCCAUGCCGUGUCCGUCCACCACCUCCUCGAGAACCUUUCCGACGCGUCCACGCUGCGAAAAACCCUGGAGUCUCUCCAAGAACUCCUCCCCUACAUUUUGUCCUUCAAGAAGGUCGUUCGUGAGGUCAGCCGGACGGUUGCCUCCGUAUGGGCUGAUAACUCGAACACCGAAGUGACCCGGUUGACUGCCUUCCUGGUCCUGCGUCGACUGGUUGUCAUCGGUGAUAGUGGCAUCAAGGAGGCAGUUCUGAAGGAAGUAUAUCAGGGCCUUGUCAAGGGAUCUCGGAACACCUCCGUCCACACCCUUCAGGGCAUCAACCUCAUGAAGAACACUGCCUCGGAGCUGUGGGGCAUCGACCCCAAUGUCGGCUACACCACUGGCUUCGCCUUCAUCCGCCAGCUAGCCGUCCACCUGCGCUCCAGCAUCACCAACAAGACGAAGGAUUCCUACAAGACUGUCUAUAACUGGCAAUACGUCCAUUCCCUCGACUUUUGGUCCCGAGUCGUCUCCGCACACUGCGAGUCGUUGCGUGAAGCCGAAUCCGGAAAGCCGUCCCCCUUGAGACCUUUGAUCUAUCCGGUUGUGCAGGUCACAAUCGGAGCUAUGCGUCUCAUCCCCACGGCACAGUAUUUCCCUCUCCGCUUCCAGCUCGUGCGGUCGCUGCUGCGUAUCUCGUCCGCGACCUCGACCUACAUCCCUCUCGCACCUGCCUUGAUCGAGGUGCUCAACUCCGCGGAGAUGAAGAAGCCCCCUAAACCAAGCACGCUCAAGGCACUCGACUUCACCACGUCGAUCAGAGCCAGCAAGACCUAUCUUCGCACCCGCACGUACCAAGACGGCGUCGGCGAGGAGAUGGUCGAGCUGCUCUCCGAGUUCUUCGUUCUCUGGGCCAAGAACAUCGCAUUCCCAGAACUGGCGCUCCCCGUCAUCGUCAUGCUGAAGCGCUACGUGAAAACCAUGUCCAAGAGGACCGGCGGCAAUAAGAACGCCAAACUCAACUCGUUGAUCGCACUCCUUGUGCAGAAACUCGAGGCGAACUCCAAGUGGGCCGAGGAGAAGAGGGUCAAGGUCGAUUUUGCGCCCAACGAUCGUGCUGGCGUGGAAGGGUUCUUGAAGGAUGUAGAGUGGGAGAAGACGCCUUUGGGGGCGUAUGUAAGCGGCCAGAGGAAGUUGAGGGCGCAGAAGGCGAAGUUGUUGGAGGAGGCGAGGAAGAUGGAGGAUAGGAAGAGGAAGGAGGCGGAGAAGGCGGAGAUCAAUGGAGGUGCGGAUGAGGAAGAGGGAUCUCAGAGUGAGGAGGAAGGUGAGGACGAGGAGGAGAUGGAGAUGGAGGUGGAAGGGGAGGGGAUGGAUGGUGAUGAUUCUGAAGAGGAAGAUGACGAGUGAUGUUGGAGUGAGUGUAUUGGAUACCACGCAGUUUUAGUUAGUUAAUGAAUGGAAGGACUUCUUGGCG